AUGGCAACUUCAUCACCCUCAUCGUCAUGGAUAAUAUCCCCCCUCAGCGACCUCACACCCCCCUCCCUCGAGCGAACAUGGCAAACAGCCCCGCACCCCAAUCUGCCCUUGGCCGCCACCAGCAGCGCCGACAAAACGGUUCGCAUCUAUUCUCUGGUCAAUUACAAGCUUCUAUCGACAGUCACGGGCGGCCACAAACGUAGCGUGCGCAGCUGCGCGUGGAAACCCGGUGAUAUCAAAGGGGAGAGUGUUCUGGCGACGGGCAGUUUUGAUGCUACUGUGGGUGUGUGGAGAAGGUGGAAUAGUUAUGGACAGGAAGGGGAAGAUGGAGAGGGUGGUCGUCCAAGACGACAUGAUAUUGACGAAGAAGAGGGCGAGGAGGAGGAUGAAGAGUGGCGAUUUGCAGUCUUACUAGACGGGCACGACAGCGAAGUCAAGUCCGUGUCCUGGUCAGCCUCGGGGUCAUUGCUGGCGACAUGCUCGCGCGACAAGUCUAUCUGGAUCUGGGAGGAUCUAGACGAUGGAGAUAACAACUUUGAGACGGUGGCGGUUCUGCAGGAACAUUCCGCGGAUGUGAAGUGCGUCUCGUGGCAUCCCUCAGAGGGAUGUCUGGCUAGCGGCAGUUACGAUGAUACUAUCAGAAUAUGGCGCGAGGAUAUCGAUGACUGGGGACAGGUGGCCUGUCUUGAGGGUCAUACCGGAACAGUCUGGUUCAUUGAUUGGGAACCAGUCGAUUAUGCGCCUGAUACCAAUAAUAAUAGCAAUAUAAAAGAAGAAUGGAAAGAGCACUACAAACUCUCCGGCCCACGCCUAGUCUCCUGCUCAGCCGACAAUACGGUGCGAGUAUGGCGACGACAAGGCAAGGAGCAGCAACAAAACGCCUAUGCAGCAAACACAGGCAUACCAAGCAUUAUUCGUCCCACUGGCCUUGACGAAACCUGGUACGAAGAUGCCAUUCUACCGGCCACACAUGACUUGGCGAUUUACUCGGUUGCAUGGAGCAAGCGAAGUGGUCUCAUUGCAUCCACGGGUGCUGAUGGCAGGAUAGUUGUGUAUGAAGAGCGAGUAUUGUUAGACUCGAAGAAGCAGGAGGAAGACUCGAUGGAUACCGAUCCACCCUCUAAUGAACCCAAGUAUUCUUCAGAAUGGAAGGUCGUUGCAACCGUCGAAGCAGCUCAUGGAAUCUACGAGAUUAAUCAUGUUACCUGGGCCAAGCGCGCAGAUAGAGAGUCACAACGAGACGGCAGGGAGGGCAAAGAGGAAGAAAUUCUUAUCAGCACUGCUGACGAUGGUAGUGUCAAGGUCUGGUCGAUCAAGAGAGGGGAGGAGUAG